AUUUGCACAUACGAAAACUAAAAAUAUUAAAUUGUUAAUGUAAAUAUAACUGUAACAUUCUCAUUAAUUUUAAUAUUGAAAGACUCAGUAUUUCGGUACCAGUGAAAAUGUUCAGACACUACGGUACAAACGCCAGAAGAAUAUGGCAAAGGUGUACUUUAAGGAGAUCCGAUGGCUCUGAGUUAAACGUGUGUUUUACUGAUCUCCCGCGUGAAAGAAUGGAUGAGUUAGUGGAUUUUUAUAUGAAGUACUACGUGCCGCAUGAGCUUACACAUAGGAUUUCAGGUAUUCAUAAGAACAAAGAAGCAAUGGAUGAGUAUAGAGAAAUAUUGAAAGCUAAAUUCGCCAGUCCUUCAACAUUUUCGUAUAUUUGCUGUGAAGAAAGGGGUGGCAAGAUUCUACCAGAUAUUAUAGGCAGUGACUCCAUUACACUGGUGAAACGAGGUGAACCAUUCAAUGCUGGUAUUCCACCAAAUUUGAAAACAAAAGAGACGAAGGAUUUUUUCAGAAUUUUAACCGAUUGGAACAAUCUGUGCUCAGUUCCCAGUCUCAUGGAAAGAUUUAAUGUCGAAUCCUUCUACGACGAUCUAGGAACUACGGUGCAUCGUGACUACAUUGGAUACGGCAUCGUUUACUAUCACGCGGCUUUGAGGCGUAAUAUUUGUCAAGCCCACGGUGUACCGAUGGCUGGUGCCUGGGUGACGUCUAUUGGGUCAGUGAAGGCAACCAAACGUGCUGGCUGGGAAACGGUAUAUGAAAUAACAAGAGAAAAUCUGGAACAAGUAUUAAAUUUAAAGAUGGAGAACGUUCCAGCCACCUACAAGUAUAGGGUUUUAAGGGCUUGAAGUAUAUCUUCAGUUUGAUAUCUUAGGUCAUGUCUAUUUUUAAGUAAUGCAGUUAGCAUAAUAUAUUUGUGAAUAUAUUUUUUGUUAGUCAAAAAUGUAGUUGAGUCACAUUAAAAAAGAAAUAAGCCAAUUAUAAAUU